UGCGGGCGGCAUACAAAGCAUUUGGCGGGUUUUUCCGGGCUGCUCAGCUCUAAUCCCGUCUUGAGAUGUUCAGUGGUGGCUUUUAGGAAGCUGGACGUUCUCCCCAGGAGAACGACUUCUCAAGAUUUCUGCUCUCUUCCUUCAGGCGUUUGGGGGCUUCAAGAAAAAGAAAACGUGUUUCUCCGUGACUGACGGCUGGGGCCUUCCGACGGCCUGAGGUCUUGGGCCAUUUGGUCACUCUCCGUCUCGGUCCCUCGGAGGGUGAAAGGAUCAGAGGGAGCUCGUCCUGUUCAUCGAUCUCCACGCCUGUGGGUUUCUUGGCGUCAGGUCGGAGCUGGGUGGGCCCGGCCCCGGCCCUCCUCCUGGGUCAUCAUGGCCGUGUCCGCCCAGCUCUUGGUGGAGGAGUUGGAGAUCUUCGGCCUAGAAUGCGAGGAGGCUGUGGUUGAGAAGUUUUCUGAGCAAAAGAUUGUCCAAAGCCAGGCUCAGUGCCUCCAAGGACAGUGGGCACGCGGGAGCCAGAGACAUCGUUUCCAUACAAGAGCUAAUUGAAGUGGAGGAGGAAGAGGAGACCCUCUUGAAUGCUUACACCACACCCUCUAAGGGAGAGAUGCAUUCGCCUGAGGAUUUGAAGUUCCCAUGAUGUCGGCAUUAUGAUUCUAAUAAGUGAAUAAGCUGGCAUCCUUGGCUACAAUUUGGGUUCCUGUGUGGUGUGAGGAUAUGCUCACCCCAGGAUGUGAGACCGUGGUCCCUCGGUAUUUCUCAUUACAGGGUUCUCAGAAGCGAGCUAUCACCACUCCGGAAACCCCCCUCACAAAAAGGAGUGUGUCUACUCGAAGCCCCCAUCAGCUCCUGUCACCAUCAAGUUUCUCUCCAAGUGCUACUCCCUCUCAGAAAUACAGCUCGAGAAGUAACCGAGGAGAAGUGGUUACCUCCUUUGGCUCAGCACAGGUGAUGUCUUGGUCCGGGAGAGAAGGAGCCAGUAACAUCAGCGUGAAGGUCUUGGGGUAUCCAGAGCCACUAACUGGGAGCUACAAAUCCAUGUUUCAGAAGCUCCCAGACAUUCGAGAAGUUCUGACCUGUAAGAUAGAAGAACUUGGCAGUGAGCUCAAGGAGCAUUACAAGAUUGAGGCUUUUACUCCUGUUCUAGUCACAGCACAAGAGCCCGUCACCCUGCUGGGCCAGAUUGGCUGUGACAGCAACGGGAAGCUGAACCACAAGUCGGUGAUUCUUGAGGGAGAUCGGGAGCAUUCCUCAGGCGCUCAGAUUCCAGUGGAUCUAUCUGAGCUCAAAGAGUAUUCUCUGUUUCCUGGACAGGUUGUGGUUAUGGAAGGAAUCAACACCACUGGUAGAAAACUUGUUGCCACCAGACUCUACGAGGGCGUGCCACUUCCGUUCCAUCAGCCCACUGAAGAGGAUGGAGAUUCUGAGCAAAUCAUGGUCCUGGUGGCCUGUGGGCCAUACACCACAUCUGACAGCAUCACAUUUGACCCCCUGCUCGACCUGAUCACCAUCAUCAACCGUGACCAGCCCGACGUCUGCAUCCUGUUUGGACCUUUCCUGGAUGCUAAGCAUGAACAGGUAGAGAGCUGUCUACUGACAAGCCCAUUUGAAGAAGUUUUCAAGCAAUGUCUACGAACGAUUAUCGAAGGGACACGAAGCUCCGGCUCACACCUCAUCUUCGUCCCAUCAUUGAGAGACGUGCACCACGAGCCCGUGUACCCACAGCCGCCCUUCAGCUGCUCCGACCUGCCUCGGGAGGACAAAAAGCGAGUGCAGUUUGUGUCCGAGCCCUGCACGCUCUCCAUAAAUGGAACGAUCUUUGGCUUGACAUCCACCGAUCUGCUGCUCCACAUGGGGGCUGAGGAGAUCAGUAGUUCUUCCGGAACUUCAGACAGGUUCAGCCGAAUACUGAAGCACAUCCUGACGCAGCGGAGCUACUACCCGCUCUACCCUCCCCAGGAGGACAUGGCCAUUGACUAUGAGAAUUUCUAUGCCUAUGCACAGCUGCCCGUCACCCCCGAUGUCUUCAUAGCCCCUUCAGAGCUGAGAUACUUUGUGAAGGACAUCCUUGGCUGCGUCUGUGUGAAUCCCGGGCGCCUCACCAAAGGGCAGGUGGGGGGCACCUUCGGCCGACUCUACCUUAGGAGGCGGGCCGCGGGCGCCGAGGGCAGGCGGAGCCCAUGUACUGCUGCCCAGGUGGUCAGGAUCUGAGUCUCGGUCCUCUGUCAUCCCCCCGUCGUGCGGGCCUCCCAGACACUGAGAGCCCGGGAGUAGACCUCUGCCAAGAUCCCACCCGUGGAAGGAGAGGGGGCAGCCAGCUGGGGAGGACAGGGCUGCAGGCAGGGGGCCCAGCGGGAAGACCUUGGGCAGCUGGACCCCUACUCCGCGUCGAGCUUCUCUGGAAGAAGCUGUUGUUUCUUCAUGGACACUAGGAGCCCAGCGAGAACUGGCCGUGGACGCGGUGCGCUCGGGAAGGUCAAGGCUUUGCGAUUUCCUACUGAGUCAGACAUAGAAACAACUUUUGGAGAUAUGAAAGUAAAUUCUGUGGCUUCUGAGUUUAA